AGCUCCGCUAGGCAUUGGAAAAAACUACUUAAUUCAUCAUUUAGAUCUACUUUAUCUUAUUUUAUUUCAUGAUCAUAAUACCUAACAGUAUAUAGUUUGUUUUCGUCAUCCUCCAUCGCUCGAUUCAACAAUACAUUUUGGCACUUUUUACUCCCGGAUCAGACCGCAGAAAAAGCCUUGGACUUUCCUAUCGCCAACAUGCCUCUGUACUCGGAUAUCUCAGGCACGGAGACUGGGAAAUGCACAGACUGCACCAAAAUGCAACAGAGGGUGGCUUUAAUUGAAACGAGACUAGCAGCAUUAGAAAAAUGCAAAGGACCCCUACAGGAUACAGUGCCGAUGGGUGAGUUUGCUGAGCUCACUCAGAUACAGCAAGAUGAUCAAAGCUACACUGUAUCCUUCCCGAAGCUGGACAAGAGAGAGACAGUUCCAGCUGCGUUUCACUGGCACAGAGUCGGCGCUAAGCCAAAACAACAUACCAAAGUGAAUCAACAAGAUCACUCAACGCCAAAUGCUAAACUACCCAAAGCUAAAGUUAUCAGCCGGAUUAGCCCGUCACUGAAAUUAACCCUGCCACUGAAGAACCGGUUCCUGCCACUUCAAGAGUCCACGAACGAGCCUGCCACCCAUGCACCCCUGAGCCCCGAGAUGCGUCCGGACGGACAGUGCGGACAGAGACGGAAGAUGAACCAGUCGCCAUGGAGGCGAGCUGCGCAUGCCUCGGCCACCUGUGCACCCCUGACCCCUGAAAUGUGUCCGGACAGACGGUACGGACAGACAUGGAACAACCAGUCGCCACGGAGGCGGGCUGCGCAUGUGUCUGCCACCGUCCAACAAGGGCCCAUCUCAGAGGAAGCAGAUGAACCAGACACUCUGAUUAUAGGAGACUCAACCAUCAAGGAUAUAACCGACCAAAGACCUUGAAGAGAGACAACAGCCUGCCCGACACCAUGGACACCGUGCCCUCCCCCAUCGCUGAUGCUGGCUUGGCGAGGAACGGCCACCCUCCUCCUCAUCUCUCCCAUAGCCACAACAACUCCAGCUCCACUGUCUCCUCCCUUUGCGAUUUUCCAGCUGAAUUUAAGAAACAGGAAUAUGUAGGCAUCAAACUUGCAUCUGUGUCAAUGAUAGCAUCGCCAGGUCAUUCCCACAGGCUGAUAACACCAAAGCGGAGGGCGCCCCAGCCCCCCGCCCCCUAUACUGAUAGUAGUCCUGAGUAUUACUGAGACAAAAAAGGGUUCAGCCGUAGACAAAGUAUAAAGGACGUUUCGCAUAAUCUGCUGAACCCAAGGUUGCCUAUGUCAAAACAUGGCAACUUUUGCAUUCCUGCUAUAACCACUAAGAGAGUAAACAAAGGGAAACGUAGACACACUGCUAACCUCACAAAUCUCUUACAUAUUUCCU